GUGAGGAAGUCAUUUCAUUGGCACUUGAGUCGGCAAAGAAGUCAAGAUGGCCGAAAUUCCGAACCUGUUCGAAGACCUGAAGAGCUGUUACAGCUAAUGUGCUCAUUAAAAUUCAAUGCUCAGUGACCAUAGUGAAACAACUGAAUUACAUCCUCGUCACUUUUUUGACAGUGAAAAUGAAGAAUAUGCUUCUGCCAUUGACCAUCUCUCUCUGAAUCAGAAAUCCUUCUAUGACACAAGCUAUGGCCCACUUGACAAGAACUGCAUGAAUACAUCCAUGUCUCUGAGAACACUUGAAACCUCUGAAGCAUCUGAGCUUACCUUCAAGAAGAACUUGGUGGUGGUGUCAACGUCAGCCCAUGGGACAGUUCUGAAGAAGAGAUGGCUGAGCUUAAAUCAAACCAUUACUAAUGAAGAUCUGGACGCCAUCGCCAAUGAUCCAGAAGAAGAAAUCAUCAAGCCGCAGUCAGCACCUCACACCCUCCAGAGCAAUGUGAGAUACAAAUACAUGAGGAUUCUCAGGAAGGAAUUUGUCCUAAGUGAUUCCAUUCAUCAAAGUAUAACUCUAGAUGCGACGGGUCAAUACCUCAGGGCUGUUGCAUUAACUGACCUGAGCCAGGAAGCUGUGAAAUUUGACAUGGGUGGCUACAUAUCAGCAACAGAUGAUAAUACAAAUCCUGUGACUUUAAGAAUCUCAAAAACCCGACUGUUUGUGAGUGCCCAAGAAGAAGACCAGCCCAUGUUGCUGAAGGAGAUGCCUGAGACACCAAAAAUCAUCACAGGUAAUGAGCUCAACCUGCUCUUCUUCUGGGAAAAUGAAAGAGGUCAUAACUUCUUCAGGUCAGCUGCCAAUUCAGAGCUGCUCAUUGCCACAAAGGAAGACAGUCUGGUGCACAUGGCCAGGGGAUCAUCCUCUAUGACAGACUUUCAGAUAUCCUAAAACCAGAGUCGACUCUGGAUGUACCAUAUUAGUCUGUAUGUACUAUGUACAUGAAGAAGUCAAACUCGUUACUCUUACUCAUUUGCUGAGCAUGUGCUGAGCCUUUGUAAUUCUAAAUGAAUGUUUACCCUCUUUGUAAGAGAAGGGAAUAUCUAACAGACCCAACAUUAACAUAUAAUGCUAUUUGUUAUUUAAAGAACACCCUAUACUUUGCACAGUACCAAUCAUUUUAAUUAUCAUUCUUCAUAACAUUCGUAGGAGGACCAGGGCUACUGACUGCAGCUACCAAAAAGAUUCUCCUCAUAUUACAGACAGGUUAGCCAAGGCAUAAGAAAACUAAAAAAUACACAAAUAGCAGUUGGAAUGAGAAGCUACAGGCCUAGGAUUUCAUUCCAACUUUGUGCCUUCUGCUUCUAAAUUACUGAUAGACUUUUGGGGGGGGGGGUACCGGGGAUUGAACUCAGGUCCCUGUGCUUGCAAGGCAGGCAGUGAAGCCACUGAGCUAAAUCCCCGGCCCUGAUAGACUUUUAGUCAACUAGGAAUAGUUACUGGGAUCUCAGUUUUAUCAUUUUCAAAAGGGAGAGAAUGAUACCUAUGUCUUUCCUGCCUCAGUGUUUUUUUAUCUCAAAUAGUAAGGUCAUUUUAGUCAAAUAAGUCUUGAAGCUGAGCCUCAAGAAGAAGACAGACCACAGAAUGUUAUUUUUAAGUUAUUUAUAUAUGUAUUUAUUAACAUAUUUAAGAUAAUUAUAUUAUUAUAUUUAUGGAGGCCCUUUGCAUCCUCUGAGUGUGACCAGACAUGCUCAACAACAGUAGAGUUUCUAGGCUGAGUGAGUUAGAUGGAGUACUCCACAGCACUUAUGUCCAAGUACUUUCUCCAUAGCCAUGAAUUUCUUCAUUCUAGUACUUAAGAGCCCUAUAAUUAUGACAAUAAAUUUACAUUAAUUCUUUUGUUUGUUUGAGAUGAUAAUUGAACCAAUAUUUCAUUCUUGCCUUGGUAUUCUUAGGUCAUUCAACUUCAUGUAUAAUUAAAUUCCACUAACUAAAUAAAAUGGGAGCAUUUUAACUUUAGCAAUCAUGAGACCACUGUUAUCUAAACUUUCUUUUCUGAAAUGUAAUCAUCUCAAUCAUAAAUGAAUAAAACAAUAAAUUUGA